CACACAGGCAGUGAGCCCCCAUUGUGGGGCUGCGUGAUGACAGAAGCGGAGACAAGCCUCAUAUUUGGGCAUGAAGCAGGUUAUUGGAGGCUGGGCCCCGACAGGCAGCAGAUAAACCUGCUGAUAACGGCUCCCACCGUACAUCGCCAUCCCCAUUGGCUCCUGCCAGCAGGGGCUGCCUAUAUCUCCCCCUCCCCGUCCCAGGCUGCGGGCUGGGCCUGUGGGGCAUGAUGGUGCCUGCCAGGGUGCUAGGGCUGCUCUACUGCGUGCAGCUCUGCAUGGGCAGCGAGGUGCUGCGGCUGGUGGAUGGCGGUGGGCGCUGUGCAGGUCGGGUGGAGGUGAAGCACGAGGGAGAAUGGGGCUCCGUCUGCAGCUACGACGUCCAGUGGGACGCACAACGGGCCGGCGUGGUGUGCCGGCAGCUGGGCUGUGGCACGGUGGCCCAUACGUCCCCAUAUGCCCCAUUCGGGCAGGGCCAGGGACGCAUCUGGUUGCAUCCCUUCUUCUGUGAUGGCACUGAGGCCACCCUGCAGGACUGCUCUCACUAUGGCUGGGGCAAGCACUUCUGUGGCCACGAGUGGGAUGUAGGAGUGAUCUGCACAGAGGCACUGGAGCUGCAGCUGGUGGACGGCAGGGGACCCUGCGAGGGGAGAGUGACGGUGAAGCUGCGGGGAUGCUGGGGCACAGUUGCUGACGAUAACUGGAACAUGAAUGAUGCUGAGGUGGUGUGCCAGCAGCUGGGCUGUGGAUCAGCUGCUCACACCAAGUUUACCAAGCAAGUUUCACUAGUCAGGAGUCCAGUAAUGUUGGCCUAUAUCAACUGCAAUGGGAACGAGAAGGCCAUCUGGGACUGCAACAUUAAGGGCUGGGGUCCCUACAACGUCACUCAUGAUUAUAACGCCACUGUGGUCUGCCAAGGGUUCUCCCGGCUGGCCGGAGGGGACAGCACCUGCUCGGGGCGGCUGGAGGUGCGGCAGGGCCGGGCCUGGGUCAGCGUCUGCCAUGGCCACGUGGACCUCAUGGCUGCCCAGGUCAUCUGCAGGGAGCUGGGCUGCGGUACAACACUGGCCCUACCCAGGGCCGGGCAUUUUGGAGCAGCAGCGGGGCCAUUCUGGGAUGGCGCCUUUGAGUGCAAUGGAACUGAGCUCCUACUGUCAAUGUGCAUACAGCAGCCUCCCCAAAUCAAGAACUGCACUCAACCUGCUGCCAUCAUCUGCACCCCCUACACUGGGUUCCGGCUGGCUGAUGGAGACUCGAGCUGCACUGGGCGAGUGGAGGUGGAGGCUCGAGGGGUGUGGAGGCCCCUGUGUGCCACUGCCUGGGACCUGCCUGAUGCCCACGUCCUCUGCCACCACCUGGACUGUGGCUCCGCUGUCUCCCUGCCCCCACCAGGCCAUUUUGGGAUGGGGACAGGGACACUGCUUCAUGAUGCCCUCAUCUGUAGCGGGAGCGAGCAGCACCCAGGCGAGUGCCCUGUGGAGGUGCUGGGGCAGCCCACCUGCCCCCCCGGGCACACUGCUGUCGUCAACUGCUCAGGUGUCACUGAGCCCCUGCGGCUCCACGGUGGGGAGAGCCGGUGCGAUGGACAGCUGGAGGUGGCCACGCUCCCAGGUGUCUGGGCCCGUGUGUCUGUGGGGCUGUGGGACAAUGGCACUGCCACCGUGGCGUGCCAGCAGCUGGGCUGUGGUGUGCCUGAGAAAAUCUAUGCUGUGCCAGACACCUUCUCAGGCCCCAUGGAGCUGCAGGAGCUGCGGUGUGAGGGCACCGAGGAGCUCCUGGCACAGUGUAAUGCCUCAGGGAUGGCCACCAAGACCAGCCACAGCCCUAAGGAGUUGACCAUUGCCUGCUCAGGCAGCCGGCAGCUGAGGCUGGCAGGAGGCCCCGGGCGCUGCGCCGGCAGGGUGGAGGUGUACAGCGAGGGCACCUGGG